AUGAUUAUCCGGUUGACAGCCAUUUUGGUCCUAGGUACUGUAGCUUUUUCCACGGCAUACCGAUUAAAACGUGAUUUUAUGUAUGUAUCGGAUGUAAAUGGCACAGAUGCUGAUUGCUUCGAGCGAUGUAACUCAAAAUACCAACACGAUUUCGAGUACAGCUUCAACAUGUCCGCAUCAAUUUUCUACGACUUUCCAUUUCAUCCUUUAGUAUUAGACUAUACUACAUUUCUGCUCUAUUGUAAACUUGCCGAGCAGCGUACCAGAUGUUACGUGGAGCAAUGUAAGGACACGUCUGCUGAUACGGUAUUCUCGCCGUCAAAUUUUAUUUGUUCCUUCAAAAGGACACAUUUCACCAAUGUGCGACAAUGUUUGGCCGAUGCUGAGCCCAUAACAUUUUUGAAGUGCGACCAUCAAUGCCACGACGAGGUAGCACGAUCCAGCAACGAGCAAAAAGAAUACGGGAUGAAUCAGGUUUUUUCUUCACCCGAUUUAUCGCGCUAUGAGAAAGAGCUUGGAAUGCUGUGUUCCUUUCAGACCUGCUACCUUCAAUGCAUGAUCCCCAUUGUUGAUGAGGUAUGUGCACCUGACAUGAGCCACAAAACUGUGGAUUUGGUGCGAUCCUUCAUUCAAUGGCACGCAACUGACAUAUCGGAUUGGCACGCAGUAGCAGGGCGUUUUGAGGAGUUACCUGAUAGUUGUCGUCAACUAGCCAACAUUCUUUACACAGGAAGAAAUCUUUGGCGGUUGGAGGGCGAUGCUUUGGUGGAUUAG